UUACAACAUUCUAAGUUUUUUUCCCCAACUUUAUCCUCUUUCCUCAGUCACCGGAAUUCAUGGCUUCGCCGGAAAACGACAUUUACCGGCCAUUUCUACAAAACAAUGUAACAUCAUUAUCACCACAAUUAUCCGAAACUCACAAUUUCGAAUCAAGCAACGAGCUCGAAACUGUGCUAUUGGACACUGAAAUACCUCUCUGGAGUAAACUCCGAUUAGCGACAUGGAUCGAAAUGAAGUUCCUCUUCUUCCUUGCUGCUCCAGCGGUUAUGGUUUACAUGAUUAAUUACAUCAUGUCUAUGUCUACUCAGAUAUUCUCCGGUCACUUGGGUAAUCUUGAGCUUGCUGCUGCUUCACUUGGAAAUACUGGGAUUCAAGUCUUUGCUUAUGGUCUUAUGUUGGGCAUGGGAAGUGCAGUGGAAACACUAUGUGGUCAAGCAUUUGGGGCAAAGAAAUACGAUAUGCUUGGAGUUUAUCUUCAAAGAUCGACAGUUCUGUUAACUCUAACAGGAAUUUUACUCACCAUAAUGUACAUUUUCUGCAAGCCGAUUCUAAUAUUUCUAGGCCAAACUGAGAGAAUUGCAGCAGCAGCAGCGUUAUUUGUGUACGGUUUAAUCCCUCAGAUAUUUGCCUACGCCAUUAAUUUUCCGAUUCAGAAAUUCCUUCAAGCUCAGAGCAUUGUAGCCCCGAGUGCCUACAUCUCCGCUGCAACGUUAGUGUUGCAUUUGGGGUUGAGCUGGGUGGUGAUUUUUAAGAUCGGGCUCGGAUUACUUGGGGCGUCAUUAGUGUUGAGUUUGUCAUGGUGGAUAAUUGUUAUAGGCCAAUUUGUGUACAUUGUGAAGAGUGACAAGUGUAAACAGACAUGGAAAGGGUUCAGUUGGAUGGCGUUUACCGGCUUGCCGGAGUUCUUCAAGCUAUCGGCGGCCUCGGCAGUGAUGCUGUGCUUGGAGACUUGGUACUUUCAGAUUGUGGUGUUGCUUGCUGGCUUGCUUGAAAAUCCUGAAGUGGCUUUGGAUGCUCUUUCUAUUUGCAUGUCAAUUUCUGGUUGGGUCUUCAUGAUAUCAGUUGGAUUCAAUGCAGCAGCAAGUGUGAGAGUGAGCAAUGAACUAGGAGCAAGGCAUCCCAAAUCAGCAGCUUUUUCUGUUGUCGUGGUUACAUCGUGGUCUUUCAUUCUCUCAAUGAUUGCUGCAGUCAUCGUUCUUGCAUUGCGUAAUCUCAUCAGUUAUGCCUUCACUGAAGGUGAAGUCGUGGCUGAAGCUGUCUCGGAUCUUUGUCCAUUGCUUGCGCUUUCCCUCAUCCUCAACGGAAUUCAGCCCGUCUUGUCAGGUGUGGCCGUUGGCUGUGGAUGGCAAGCCUUCGUGGCCUAUGUCAAUAUAGGCUGCUAUUACAUUGUCGGAGUUCCAUUGGGUGUUCUUCUCGGCUUUUACUUCAAACUUGGCGCUAAGGGAAUAUGGUCAGGAAUGCUGGGAGGUACAGUGAUGCAAACAAUCAUUUUAAUAUGGAUCACCGCUCGAACUGAUUGGAAUAAAGAGGUGGAAUCAGCUCAGAGUAGGUUGAAAAUGUGGGAUGACAAGAAAGAAUCAAUUCUAGAGGAAUAGAUGAAUUUAGGAUGGACAAAAAGGAGGUUCAUGCUAAGGGAUUUUCCCAUGUUUUCUCUAACAAAUGGGGUUUCCACAAAGCUAAUAAUGCAGUAAUAAUACCAAUUUUUGAAUGAAGAUGAUCAAGAAUCAAGAUUAAUUAUGAAGUUGAUAUAGAAAUUGUAGUCAAGGUCCAAAAAAUAUUUCCCACCCAAUGCACCCAUUUAAGAUGUAACUUGCCACUGAUUUUUUGUUGUAAUGAUGGCUUCUUUGGACAUAGGGAGAUAUGAGUAUAUGUAUGUUAAUUAUCUAUACAAGUGGAUGAACUAGUGAGGGAGUUUGAAGCUCAAUUUCAUUAUUGGGUAACUAUAGUAAAUUCCUGUAAUGAGCCAAGGAUGGCACAUGCCAAAGUCAUGAUUGAAAUUGUCGCUUGUUUGAAAUGUUUUGUUAUGAAAUAAAAUUGUAUCGUUGCUAUUA